AUGGACAGAGCUUCGGUAAUCUCGGCUCGUUUGAAAGUCCCACUUCGAACAGUGCAGAGGAUCAACAAGCAGUGGAAGAAAGUAGAACAUGUCAAUGUAAAGAAAGAACCCGAAACUAAGGACGUGAACUCUACUGCGAAAAGCCUGUCUAUCUCUCGUCAGACUAAUUGUAAGCAAAGUACUGUCAGAAACUUUGGUCUUCGCAAUUACCGUUUAUUCCAAAGGCAGUAUUCGUCAGACGACGCCAAGUUGAAGAGGCUAAGAAUUUGCAAGAAAAUGUUAAACACUUUCGACGCGUGCCGCGUAGAAGACGCGAUGCUUUCGAAUGAAAAAUUUUCACCAUCAAAACAGCCCACAACAGUAAAAUGCACGGCAACUGCACAGCCCAAAAACCGACAAGCCAACCUCGCCCUGUCAACGAGCGUAGAAUGCGAGCAAUCAUCAAGAAACGGAUAA